AUGCCACGACUCGUCCCUGUCGGCGGAGCGACCAUCUCCGGCUUUUAUUUCCCCAAAGGCUACCGCGUCGGCGUCAACGGCGCUGUUGUACACUACGAUAAGGAUAUCUUCGGGCCGGAGGCUGAUAAUUUCAAUCCGGACCGCUGGAUCAAGGGCGACGCUGUGCGGAUGGACAAGAUGAUGAUUCAUUUCGGUGCCGGGCCGCGUACCUGUAUUGGCAAGAAUAUCUCUCUGAGCGAGAUAUAUAAGCUAGUCCCACAAAUCAUUAGGGUCUUCCACAUUGGCCUCGCGGAUCCAAGCAAGGAAUGGAAGACGCACAACUACUGGUUUAACAAGCAGACCGAGGUCAACAUCUUCAUCAAAGAUCGGAUGUACGGGUCGAACUAG